ACAUCCCUGCAGUUCCCCGUCGGAGUGGUUUCUUCCGCAGUAGGUGGGUUUGUGCUGCUGGAGCCGAAUGCAGAUCAAUGAAAUCGAGCUGAAUAGCCGAGUUGUGGGGUCGAAGUUGGGACGGGUGUUCGGACGCUCCUACGGUCGACGAACUGCUGGAGAUUCUUCCUUUUGCGGCCUCGUACGAAUUUCCCGCGACAGGGGAGGAUUUGCCGGAAGCCGAAGUCUCGACAGCGAGCGCUUAUGUGCCCGCUGAGUGCGGUCGGCGAAGUUGUCGAGGCAGCGCCGUGGAUACGAACGGGUUAGGGAAGGACAGCGGGACACUCGGUCGUUCUCUGCGGAGGGGAGGCGCACCGGAGAGACGGACGAUGAUCUUCUCGAACACGGCGAAUCCCGGCAGGACGGCUUACCGCAAGCAGGCACCUGUGGCCCCCUCCUCACAGCCCAUGGCCCCACCCAGCCCUAGCACCAACAGCAGCACCAACAACAGCAGCAGCAGCAGUACAGCGGGAUGGGAGCAGCUCAGCAAGACCAACCUGUACAUCCGGGGCCUGCCGCCUGCCACCACUGACCACGACCUGGUCAAGCUCUGCCAACCGUAUGGCAAAAUAGUGUCCACAAAGGCAAUCCUGGAUAAAACCACAAACAAAUGCAAAGGUUAUGGAUUUGUAGACUUUGACAGUCCGGCCGCCGCCCAGAAAGCAGUUACCGCCUUGAAGACCAGUGGUGUCCAAGCCCAGAUGGCGAAGCAACAAGAACAGGACCCGACAAACCUGUACAUCUCCAACCUGCCAUUGUCCAUGGAUGAGCAAGAGCUGGAGAACAUGCUGAAACCAUUCGGCCAAGUCAUCUCCACCAGAAUCCUGCGAGACUCGAACGGGGCCAGUCGGGGUGUGGGUUUUGCCAGGAUGGAAUCAACAGAGAAGUGUGAUGCCGUGAUAUCCCACUUCAACGGAAAGUUUAUUAAGACACCGCCUGGAGUUCCAGCGCCGUCGGAGCCCCUGCUGUGCAAGUUUGCCGAUGGUGGGCAGAAGAAGAGACAGAGCCAAAGCAAAUAUGUGCAGAAUGGUCGCGGGUGGUCUAGGGACGGCGAGGUGAGGCUUGCUGGAAUGAUCACAUAUGACCCCACCACGGCGGCUAUGCAAAACGGAUUUUACACGUCUCCGUACAGCAUAGCAAACAGGAUGAUUGCUCAGACGCCAGUAUCCCCAUACAUCUCGCCAGUAUCCACCUAUCAGGUACAGAAUCCCUCCUGGGUCACACACCAACCCUACAUCAUGCAACACCCGGGAGCGGUUCUGUCGCCCUCUAUGGACCACACCAUGUCACUGCAGCCCACGUCCGUCAUGAACCCACUAACACAGCAGAUGAAUCACCUCUCCCUCAGCAGCACCGGAACGUUCAUGCCCGCCAACACAGCUUUGCAGGGAGCUUAUAUUCCCCAGUACGCCCACAUGCAGACUACAGCUGUUCAGCUGGAGGAAAGCAGUGGGCAACAGCAGGUGGAGCCCCCUACCGACCAUUCUUCCUACACGUACCAACAGGCCCAGUGACCAUGAGAUCUGCAGUGGCAGCCUGGAAGAUGGAAUCACUUUACCGCCGAAACAAUCAUGUCUUCUUUUGAUGGAUCACACUUUAUGGAUUUAUCAACAUUUUGCACAGGCUCUUCAAGGCUUCCUUGGCGUCUCAAGUGAAAUCAGUCAGAUAUUUUGGUAUAAGUUCCAUAAGGUGCAAAAAGAGGAAAAAAAAAGUUAAUUUUUGUCAAAGGAUGCUAAAAAAAUAAAAUGUUUUAUUUUAGUAAAGAAAGAACGUUUAUUUUUUACCAAGAAUUGCCACAUGGACGCAACAACUCUGAUCACUGCGUAUUGUGUGGCAUUUAAGGUGCAUGACAGUAAAUGUCUUUUGUUAAUACUUUUUAUGAUUUUUAAUGCCUCUUUUUUCUUUAGUUUUUCUUUUUUAAAAAAAAAAAAAAAAACUGAAAUAGUUUAUUAGCCAGACAUGUUGAAAACGAUAUUUUGUGCUUGCUGUGUGAGUGUUGCUAUGGUGACGUGUAAUAUGUGUCUUGUGAAGCGUGUUGUCCUUUCUGGUCCAGAUCAAUCUCUGUCCUAUCAUACGAUUUGCCUUAACUUCUUUCAUACAGUAGCUGUAAAGGCAACUUCUUAGACUAUGAGCAAGAAACACGGAAAACAAUUGCCUUGAAAAUCAGCUAGAUAGGGCUUUUUUAGGCUAUAGCUAAUUGCUGUUCUUAGGUGUUGAUCUUUCCCUCUAUCUUUGCUAAAUACUAAUGAAAGUAGAUCUUUUAGAACAGAUGAAUUUAAAUGUUUGAUUGAAAAGACUUUCAGAAUCAAUUUUAAUAGGAUGAAAAGUUUGUACUAUCAGAAGGCUUAAUAGACUUCUGGAUGUUUGAAUGUGGUAGAAAUUUGCUGAAUGAUAACAUUUUAAGUAUUGCCUUUUUAAAGACUAACUAGAUGUUGUACUUUUGGCUGAGGAUGAGUUGGGGAGUUGUUUGGGCGUUGGGCUCAUUUGUUUUUGGGGUAGGGCGCUUUAUCUGAUUAUGAGGUUUUAAGUUAAAAUCAAACAAACUUAUGAUUGUGCAAAAACUAAACAAAAACAAGCCUUUCUUGGUGUGUGAAGGAUACAUAUAAUUUUGUUUAUAAAUGACUGAGAGGUGAAAAAUAUACUUUGAAAUAAAACUAGCUCUGUGGUAAGAUAAUAUAAAGCCUGGCACUUUCCAAAUAAUUGUACUUCACCAAAGAAUUCAGAGCUAGUAAAUUAGUAAAAUGGUAUAACAUUAUCUCUCAGCACAAAAGUAUAAAAAAUUGAGUAAAGUUUUUGCCGGACUAGUUUGCAUUUGGAGAACGUGCCUUCUUGUACAUUUGCAUUCAGUUUAGUUUUUUCUAGUUUAACAUAUGGACAUAAACAAGCACGGAGGACGACUUCAACCAGAGUGCCACACUCGCAGAUUUCAUCAGUACAAAGAUGAAAAUGCAAUAUUUAAGGAAGAAACCAGGAAAAGACCAUUUGAAACUAUGAAAUAAUCACAAUAUUAAUCUGUUGUUCUGUCUUCUACAGCAGAUAUGUGAUAGCAAAAGCUUCAUUAAUUUUUGCCAGAGUAGAGUUUUUGAAGAAGGCUUUAUAAAUUAAGUUGUCUUCCAAGAGACUGUGUUCUGACCUGGUCAUCUGAUGGGCCGGUUAUCUACCUCAGAGUUUUCUUUCACCCCCCUCCCCACCCCCCACCAGCCCCUCCGUUUUCCCCCCUCCUUAUCCUUCUCUUUUUUUCCUGGGCCGGGUUUGCAGGUCCUGCCCGUCCCUCCAGACCAAAAGCCAAGCUCAGGAGCUGGCCAUACACACAUUUCUAUCAGUUCAUUAAACUUUUUUUUUUUUUUUUUUUUUUUAAUGACAUUAUUCAUUGCUACAGAACAUUUUGUGUUGUCUUUUGUUUGGCUGUGUCCAGAUACUCAGUUUCAUAGUUUCAAAAGUGUAAAAUAAAAAUAAAUGCUGCUUUUUAAUCACGAGAGAUUCCAGGAGUAGAUGAAGUCCUUCAACAAC